AUGCAAUUCUUCAUCUUUUUGCUGGCAGGCUUGAGUUGGCUAGCCAACGCUGCCUCCAUCCCUACUCUUCGAUCCAACAUCACUGAGAUUGAGUCUCGUGAUGUUGGCGAUGUCAACGGAUAUCGCUCUGUGGCAUAUUUUGUGAACUGGGGCAUCUACGGACGCAAUUUCCAACCUCAGGAUCUGCCCGCCGAGAAGCUCACGCACGUUCUUUACGCCUUUGUCAACCUUCGCACUGAUGGAUCUGUCUUUCUUUCCGAUACUUGGGCCGAUACUGAUAAGCAUUACCCAAGCGACUCAUGGAAUGACUCUGGAAACAAUGUCUACGGCUGUAUCAAGCAGCUAUUCUUGCUCAAGAAGAGAAACCGCAAGCUCAAGGUUCUUCUGUCUAUUGGAGGCUGGACCUACUCUAACAGCUUUGCUCCCGCCUUUGCUACCGAUGCAGGGCGACAGCGAUUUGCCGAUUCUGCAACUGAGUUGGUGAAGAACCUCGGCGUUGAUGGAAUUGACAUUGAUUAUGAAUACCCCCAAAAUGAUGACCAGGCCGACAAGUUCGUCGAUGUUCUUCGACGCACGCGAGCGGCCUUGGAUAACUACAGCGCUGGUAAUGCAGGAGGAUAUCACUUCUUGCUUACAGUCGCAUCUCCAGCUGGUCCGGAGAAAUAUCGCCAGGAGCGAUUGAAUCAAAUGGACCAAUAUCUCGAUUUCUGGAACCUGAUGGCAUACGACUACUCCGGAAGUUGGGACACGAUCGCCGGUCACGAUGCCAACAUCUACGCAUCCAACAGCAGCCCAUCCAGCACCCCCUUCAACACGGACCAGGCAGUCAACUACUACAUCUCACAGGGUGUGGCUGCUCACAAGAUUGUCAUGGGUAUGCCUCUCUAUGGUCGCCAAUUCACGAACACCAAUGGACCCGGAACCCCAUUCAACGGUAUUGGACAAGGAAGCUGGGAUGUGGGCGUGUGGGACUACAAGGCGCUGCCUCUCCUUGGUUGUGCAGUUACUGAACUGAGUCAACUCGGUGCAAGCUACUGUUACGAUCAAGGAAAGAGGGUUUUUAUCAGCUAUGACACACCUGCCAUCGCGCGCCAGAAAGCUCAGUACAUCAAGUCUCGAGGACUUGGUGGUGGCAUGUGGUGGGAAAGCAGCGCGGACAAGAAAGGAGGUGAUAGUUUGAUCGCUACGGUUGUGGAUAACCUUGGAGGCAUCAAUGCUCUGGAGCAGACCGGGAAUCAGCUGGGCUAUCCCGCCUCCAAGUACGACAACGUGAAGAAAGGAUUCAACUAG